UUCAUUUAGGAGGCUGUAUGUAACGGGGGGUGGUCCUUAAAUAAUUGUGGUCUCUUAUUUCCCAGGUUUGUCCUCAUAGUCUGUAAAACAAGAACAGUCCUCCAAAGCUUCUGCCAGUCGACUGAUGGGUGUGAAUUGCGCAUCUUGCCCUGCAAGUGAAGACUGAGGACGCCCGCAGAGGACCCUGCUCUACAACACAUGUGAUUGGGCGCGAAUUUGUGGGGACGGCCUCCAAGUGGGAAAUGAUUCCUCAUGAAGUCCCUGGAUGGCUUUCUGACCGCCGAUGCGAGUUCCCCUCCACUAGACUGAGGUCUGCGCCAGUCCGACGCUGAAGACAUCGAGCCAACAGGUGGGAGGACCACUUCUGCGGAGGAAGAACCGACGACAAACCAUGAAGUCCAAUCAGGAGCGAAGCAAUGAGUGUCUGCCGCCGAAAAAGCGUGAGAUACCCCCGAGUAACCUGCCAUCAGAUGAGAAGCCGGUGUUGGUGGCCCCCGCUACCGAGAGCCAGCGGGGGGAAAAUCUCGCUUGGCUCGCCAGCAUAGCCAGUGGGCAGGACGGCACGGGCAGUGCAAGGCAAGGCGGGACGGGGAGCUCGGUCGAGGCCGGACUGCCGCAAGAUGCAGACUUGUACAAAGCACCUCCCACCACCGGGGAGUUUUCCUCUUCUUCCUCCUCCUCCUCCUCCACCAGAGCUUCUAGACCCGGGCCCACCAUCACGACAAUCUCUACCGUGUACCCAUCGGCCUUGUCUCAGUCGGUGCAGUACGCUCAGCUACCACACACCUUCCAGUUCAUCAGCCCACCCAACGCCGGACCCUACGCCAGCUACAUCCCCUCUCAGCUCAUCUCUCCCUCCUCCACGACGGCUGCCACCUCCCCGUCCCAGCGCUCUCAGCUGGAGGCCUACACGGCCGCCGUAAUCUCGCAAGCCCAGGCCUCCAAAGCCGAGCAUCACCUUCAUCACCAAGCGCACCACGUCGUCCGGCCGCCUGGACUGGUUGCGGCCGGGACGCCGCCACCCCCCCCUAGCCAGUACGUGCAAAUUGCAGGCUCACCUUCGGCGGUCAGCAGGGCCGUCUCGUCCCCUCCAGCUCACAUCCCUUUGCACAUUCACUCUCACUCGGCUGUCAUCCCACAGGCCCUCGCGCUCGGUGGGCCCUCUCAGGUGGUUGUCCAUUAUAGUGACGGACACGUGGCGACAGCCCCCUCGAAAAAGCACCCGGAGGAAGGGCGGACGCGCGAGGUGCUCAACGGCGAGAUGGAGAAGGGAAGACACUAUGGUCUGUCGCAGGAACUUACUGGCAGCAAGCCCGGAGUGGGAGCCAAAGGCAGCGCCCUCUUACAUCAUCACCAUCAUCAUCAUCACCACCACCACCAGCAGCAGCAGCACCACCACUUCGAGGCUCGGCACGUGAUGCUCCCAGCAGAAUACAAUGCACAGGAAAACUCAGGCAUUCGGACGUCACUCAUGCUUGUGCCCAACAGCCACUCUUCCAGCAGCACUGACUUGGAGACCACCAGGGAGCAUUCACCCUCUCUGGCUGCCCACGAGAAAGCUGGCUUAGGCCAGGGGAAGCCGAUCUCGAGACCAUCCUAUGCCCUCUCAUCCUCCCAACUCAGCUCAGACGGAUUAAAGGCAACAGUGGCGACACUUUCUCCGCACACCGUCAUCCAGACCACCCAUAAUGCCACAGAGCAGCUCUCCAUGGGACUACCUGCCACCUCCUUUUACCCUGCCGCCUCCCAACAGCCGAUCAUUGGCUACAUCACGAGCAGCGGCACACAGCCGCCGCAGCAGGCCAUUGGUUUCCACCCACAGCACUUAGUAAUCCCCGGAAACUCGCCGCUGAUCAUCCCAGUCGGUGCUGCCGGUGGUGGUGGUGGCGGUAGUGGGGAGGUAGAAGGUGGGCCGACUAUUGUGACCGCAUCGCAACCAUUUGUACCCGCUGCAAUCACGAAGAGCGAGCCCUUUGCUGUCACUGAGCCCCUGCCUAGUCAACCUUCUGCCUCGUACCACGCUACAGUGAUGCAAGCCCAGAUCCACCUCCCUGUAGUGCAGCCCUUACCUAACACAAGCCCCACGGGCACUCUGCCCCCCGCCGCGCCCUCGCCCACCCUGCCCCCUUACUUCAUGAAGGGCUCCAUCAUCCAGCUGGCUGACGGCGAACUGAAGAAAGUUGAGGAUCUGAAAACGGAAGACUUCAUUCAGAGCGCCGAGAUCAGCAACGACCUGAAGAUCGACUCCAGCACCGUGGAACGGAUCGAAGGCAGCCAGAAUGCCAGCUUCGCCAUCAUCCAGUUUGCCGUUGGAGAGCACAGAGCUCAGGUCAGUGUGGAAGUGUUGGUCGAGUAUCCUUUUUUCGUUUUUGGACAAGGCUGGUCAUCUUGCUGCCCGGAGAGAACGACCCAACUCUUUGACCUUCCCUGCACCAAGCUCUCGGUAGGAGACGUCUGCAUUUCCCUCACCCUGAAAAACCUGAAAAACGGCUCUUUAAAAAAGGGCCAGCCUGUGGAUCCCAGCAGCAGCAUCCUGCUGAAAGCCCCAAAGAAUGACAGCCUCUAUGGCAGCAGAGGAAGGUACACGGAGCAGGAGAACGGGAUUGGCCAGCGCGGAGCGGGAGGCGGAGGAAGCGUCCCGGCCAGCGCGAUGGGCGCACAGACACGCGCAGAAAACGGUGAACUGAAGUUUCCAGACAAAACACCGCUGCCCGCCACGUGCAAACCCCAGGUGACGAAAACAGACGCUGCUGGUGGCAAACCAACAGCCAGGAAACGCAGGUGGUCUGCCCCGGAAAGUCGAAAGGUGGAGAAAUCCGAAGAGGAGCCUCCUUUGACUCUUCCUAAACCCACUUUUAUUCCUCAGGAGGUAAAGCUUUGCAUUGAAGGUCGGUCGAAUCUAGGCAAGUAGAGGUUCAUGGGGACAGGAUGAAAAUGACAACUACAACAAAAAAAUUAUCCCUCAUCAUGUUUUUUUUUCUUUUUUUUUUGUUCUAUCCUGAUUACUGUACUGUAGGCUAAAUAAUCCAGUAUUUACAUGUUUAUCAUCUUAUGUUAGGUUUAUGUUAUAACAUUGUAAUAGCUGCAUCUGGUAUUAAGCAAGCAAUUGGUGCGUAAGUUUCAUUCUACAAAUCAUGGCAUCGACAGAGUGGGCCGCUAUGAGUUAUCGUCAAUAUAUUAACUGAAAAAAGGAUUUUAAAAAGGGACGCUUGGGCACUGCUUGACUCCCCGCAGGGCAGGUCACACACACGCAUUGUCAUCUGUAGGGUAGGAUGGUCGGAGUCCCUAUACGUGACGCUAAUCAUUGGAGUAUAUAUUCAUUUAGCAGGUGUAAUUAUAUAAUUAUAAGGAAAAAAACAAACUAAAUGGCAUUUCUGUGAAAG